CUGCUCAGUGAGAAGGUCAGCGGGGCGGAGGGAACCAAGCUGCACCAGGACUUCGUGGAGAUGCAGAGGAAAAUAGAUGUGACCAACAAGUCCGUGUUUGACCUCUUGUCCAAAACAACAGAAUACCUGCAGCCUAACCCAGCGUCUCGAGCCAAACUGAACUUGCUGAACACCAUGUCUAAGAUCCGAGGGCAGGUGAAGAGCACCGGGUACCCCCAGGCUGAGGGGCUGCUGGGAGACUGCAUGCUGCGCCACGGACAGGAUCUGGGAGAGGACUCCAUCUUUGGCUGCGCUCUGACCGAUAUGGGGGAGGCCAUGAGGCAGAUGGCCCAUGUGAAGGACUCCCUGGACAUAAGUGUCAAACUAAACUUUAUUGACCCCCUGCAGCAUCUACAGGACAGGGACCUGAAAGAGAUCACGCACCACCUGAAGAAGCUGGAGGGCCGCCGGUUAGACUUCGACUGUAAGAAGAAGCGUCAGGGGAAAAUCCCAGACGAGGAGAUCCGGCAGGCGGUGGAGAAGUUUGAGGAGAGCAGAGAGCUGGCCGAAAGGAGCAUGUUCCAUUUCCUGGAGAACGAC